AUGAAUCACGUCCGAUGUUCAGCGGGAACAUCACCAGCCUUCCCGAUUACCGUUGGCGUCCACCAGGGCUCGGCCCUCUCGCCCCUGCUGUUCACUCUCUGUAUGGACACCGCGACGGCUGAUCUGCAAUCAGAAACAGAAAACUGCCUAGCCCUGCAAACCCAAACACAAGCAUGGAAAGACCGGCUCUCCGAAAACGGCAUGCGCCUGAACAUCAAGAAGACUGAGUACCUUGAAUGCAGCCCCCAGACCAACAGUGCCAUCACUAUCGACGGCGAGCCGCUGACUAAAGUUGCCCAAUUCAAGUACCUCGGGUCCCUUGUCACCUCAGACUGCGAAACCCUACCAGACGCCAGACUCCGUGUCAACACAGCGUGGAUGAAGUGGCAUCAGGUGAGUGGAGUCUUAUGUGACAAGAGAAUACCAAUCUAUCUUAAGGCGAAAGUCUAUAAGUCGAUUGUGCGCCCAGUGGCACUCUACGGGUCAGAGUGCUGGCCAGCGACGACCAAACAUGAACAAGCUCUUCACACCAUGGAGAUGAAGAUGCUGAGGUGGCCUCUGGGUCUCACACGACUUGACCGAGCGAGGAACAAUGAUGUCAGGAAACAAUGGGGAGUGACACCAAUCACAGACAAGAUGCGAGAGGUGAGGCUCCGAUGGUACGGCCAUGUUGUCCGUAGCGAUAAAAAUUCCAUCACAAAGACAGCCCAGCAAUUAGAUCUGGAGGGAAACAGGCCGCAAGGAAGACCAAAAAAGCGCUGGAUGGACCGAAUCAAGGAUGAUAUGAAGGCUGUGAAUGUUACACCAGAAGACGCCCUUGAUAGGAAGAAGUGGAGGAAGGCAUGCAAGAUAGCGGACCCUGCGUCGCGGGAUAUAAACCGCUAGGAAGAAGAAGAUUCUCUGUUAUUACACUUAUCCUCAUUGGUCAGUUUAUUAAGUACAAUUUGUCUUAAGAACUGCCUUAAUUCUUUUCUGGCCUAGAUUCAAAAAGAUGCUAAAACGAUGAUAGCGUCCCACAGUGACUGCAGAUUUGGAGUUUUUCUGGUUCCUAACCUCUUCAAUGUCCCUUUGAAUCUUGUUUGUGUGAGCUUUCUUGACUUUGCAUUUAGUUUGAUUUUCAUCAUUCCUGUUCUAUGCAGAGAGGUAGUCAUGUUUUGUUUUUGCUAUUUCCACUUCCCCAAUCAGGCCCCCGUGUGUAUGUAGUCCUGCCUUGCUCUGUAUUGUCAGAUCAUCUGUUGUUUGUCAUGAGUUCUCCAUGCAAGUUUCCCGUGUUCCUUGUUAGUUUUUGUUUCUCUGGAGUUUUUCCUCCUCACAUUUUGUUGCAUUAUGGACUUUUAUUAUCAGAUUUGUAACAACACUCACUUCUUGUUUUACAUCAUGUUUUUGUAGCUGCAUUUGGGUUGACUUG